AUGAGCAAGGAGGUUCAGGAAAAUAUUAAGUAUUUGAUUCAAAGACCAAAAACGCCAGAGAUCAAACCUUUGAUGCACCGUUCAGUUUUCAACAAUUCGAUUAAAAGGGAUUACAUGUCAAAUAGGGGCUGUCACCAAACAAUGGGUUAUGCUGAAGUCAAGCUCAAUCAUCCGUCGAAGUUUUUAAAAAAACAUACCAGAAUAGUGAAAAGACCAUUUGCCAAUUCCUUAAAACCAGUGCUAACUAGUGAAAAAUAUAGUCAACGAUGUAGUAGAUCGCCCAAUUUUAAAGAAAAAAUCAAUAAAAUUCAGAGAAAUUUUCUGCACGAAAACAUAAUUGACGUCAUAAGAAAGGUGCCGCCAUUGCCAAGGCAUCGGGUACAAGACAGUCGGAAUGGACACACAAUGGUUCUAGAUGAGGCGGGCCUAGAGCCCACGUAUGUAUCCAAGAAGAAUUUUGGCAAAACACCUUCGUAUAUUAAGAAAAUAAUUAAGGAAAAGGAAAUGGAAAAACUAGCUGAGGUCGACCGUGUACGGGCGAUCAAGCCACCGUUGCGCUAUAUACCAGAAGAAGAGCGUAAAGAGUUAUUGAAAGGAUUAAAGUCUAAUUGGGAUGAAUUGUAUACAGAAUUUUUAUUAUUACCUAUGGUCACCGACUCAGUACCAAAAGUUAAUCGAAAAGCCCGGAUUGAGAAUGAACUAAAUAAUUUAGAAAGAGACAUCAACCUAUUGGAAAGAUACCCAUCACUAUACGUGUGUGAUAACUAG